AUGGCGUUGAACAUCGACGCCUGGACUUGCUGCUGCCUGUCGUGCAUCCCCACAGGGUCCAUCGGCGUGGUUCAGAAGUUCGGAGAGUACCAGGGCUGGCAGGAACCCGGCUGCAACUGCAUUUGCUUCCCAUGCACGACCGUGUUGCCUGUCUCGCUGGCCGUGAACCAACUCACCUGCAAGUCGGAGUGCAAGACGAAGGACAAUGUCACGGUCGUUGUGGUGACAGCCGUGCAGUACCGAAUCCUCAAAGACAUGGUGAAGGUGGCAACAUUCGACAUCGCCAGCCCGCACGAUCAGAUCAGAGCCGAAGUGGACAACGUCUUGAGGUCUACAAUUCCCUCCAUGACCCUCGACGAGAGCUACGAAGCUAAGGAGAAGAUGGUGGCAGAGAUACUGGAGUCCGUAAGGAAAGCCAUGGGCCAAUACGGCUACGAAAUCCUUAACGUCCUCAUCACCGAUAUCCGUCCCGAAAAAUCUGUCCUCGACGCCAUGAACGAAAUCAAUGCCUCAAGAAGACGACGUGAGGCCGCAGUUGAAAAGGGUGAGGCCAACAAGCUCCUGAAGAUCAAGGCCUCAGAAGCUGAUGCCGAAGCCAAGCGGCUGGCCGGCGUGGGCAUGGCGAACAUGCGUGCGGCCAUGGCGCAGGGGUUCCAAGACUCCAUGAAGUUCAUGAAGGAGAGUGGCAUGAACGAGAAAGAGGCGAUGCACAUGAUGAUCAUGACCCAGUAUCUGGACACCUUGAGGGACUUCGCUGGCAGCCAUGGCUCUAGCGUGGUCCCUUCUUGCGAUGGCCCUUUCAAAACAUCCAAGAAUCCCAUAUCAUCCCAAAAGCCCAAACCACAAACCCCACACCCGCCCAAAAAGAAGAAAAAAAAGAAAAAAAAAUCCUCUGUCCCGGCCGGCGCCUCCUCAGACUCGGCAAACUGUGGGAUCUCAGAUCCAGCAGCAGGGUCCAUCGGCGUGGUUCAGAAGUUCGGAGCGUACCAGGGCUGGCAGGAACCGGGCUGCAGCUGCAUUUGCUUCCCAUGCACGACCGUGUUGCCUGUCUCGCUGGCCGUGAACCAACUCACCUGCAAGUCGGACUGCAAGACCAAGGACAAUGUGACAGUUGUUACGGUGACGGCCGUGCAGUACCGAAUCCUCAAAGACAUGGUGAAGGUGGCAACAUUCGACAUCGCCAGCCCGCACGAUCAGAUCAGAGCCGAAGUGGACAACGUCUUGAGGUCUACAAUUCCCUCCAUGACCCUCGACGAGAGCUACGAAGCUAAGGAGAAGAUGGUGGCAGAGAUACUGGAGUCCGUAAGACAAGCCAUGGGCCAAUACGGCUAUGAGAUCGUGAACGUCCUCAUCACCGAUAUCCGUCCCGAAAAGUCUGUCCUCAACGCCAUGAACGAAAUCAAUGCCUCAAGAAGACGACGUGAGGCCGCUUUCGAGAAAGGAGAGGCAGACAAGCUCUUGAAGAUCAAGGCCUCGGAAGCCGAUGCCGAAGCCAAGCGGCUGGCCGGCGUGGGCAUGGGAAACAUGCGUGCAGCCAUGGCGCAGGGGUUCCAAGACUCCAUGAAGUUCAUGAAGGAGAGUGGCAUGAACGAGAAAGAGGCGAUGCACAUGAUGAUCAUGACCCAGUAUCUCGACACCUUGAAGGAGUUCGCAAGCACCCAUGGCUCCAUCGUGGUCCCUCAUGGGCCCUCGGCUGUCCGGGAUCUGCGAUCUCAGAUUUCGAAGCCGGCGGGCCCAUCUGGAGCAGUGCCGCAGAGGGCCUCCAGCCCAAAGCUCUGCUGGACUGAAGACAGCGCCCAGUAA